AUGCGAGCUUGGGGGCAGGUUCAAUGCUGUGUGUUCUGUGGGGAGCCUGAUGAAACUAGAAAUCACUUGUUCUUUGCUUGUCCUUACUCGUACACGCUUUGGCUACAAGUGAUUGGCACACUCUUGCGGCCUCCUCCAUCGCCGGACUGGAAUGAGAUUGUAGCGCAAAUCAUGGCAAGGUCUGUGGGGAGUUUGCAGUCCAUACUCUUGCGGCUAGCAUUUCAGGUCUCUAUCUAUUAUCUAUGGAAAGAACGGAAUGAGAGACGACAUGGACAGCCUGCAAAGCCUGUUGCUCAGUUGGCGAAGUUCAUUGAAAAGACUAUAAGACAAAGGAUCAUGUCUACAAAGUACUAUGAGAAGCAGAAACUCAAAGGACUAAUGCAGUGUUGGUUUAGUGCAAGACAGCCAUAG